AUGGAAUCCCUUUCAGACACUGAUUGGGAUGUAGUUAUCAGCGGCACGGGGUUACAGCAGUCCCUCUUUGCCCUGGCUCUCUCGCGAUCAGGCAAGAAUAUCCUCCACGUCGACCCCGAAGGCUACUACGGAGAAAACGAAGCUGCUUUUAGCCUCCAGGAAGCCGAUGCCUGGGCUCAGAAGCAUGCAUCGCCCGACGCGACCGGAAUCUUUCGCGCCGCCGAGGUGACCAAGGCUGAGGGUGUGCCGUCGCCGCGUGGCUACAGCUUGGCCCUCGCGCCGCAGCUGAUCCACGCCCGGUCCGAGCUUCUCAACAAGCUUGUCUCCUCCAAGGCUUUCCGGCAGAUUGAGUUUCAGGCCGUUGGUUCGUUUUUCAUCUUCCAGCCUGCCUCGGCAGAUGAGGCGCUGCCAACGCUCAACCGCAUUCCGUCCACCAGAGAAGACGUCUUCUCAAGCACGGCGAUCCCGGUUCGAGCCAAGCGGUCGCUCAUGAAGUUUCUCAAGUUUGUCCUUGACUUCGAGUCGGAGCCUCAGGGCGAGGUUUGGAGGCCACACGCUGAUAAGCCACUCGCCGAGUUCCUGGGCUCCGAGUUCAAGCUGGAUACCACACUGCAGUCCUACAUCAUCACUCUGACCCUCAGCCUCGAUGGGAACAUUACGGUCGAGGAUGGACUAGUCGCCAUCAGCCGCCACCUGAGCUCCAUGGGUGUCUUUGGCAUUGGCUUCGCAGCCGUCUACCCGAAAUGGGGCGGCUUGUCCGAGGUGUGCCAGGUCGGAUGCCGUGCUGCUGCCGUCGGCGGCGCUGUGUACAUGCUUGGCACGGGCAUCACAAAUGUUGCAAAGCGUGCGGAUGAGACGACCCGGCUGGAUAUAUCUCUAUCCAACGGCAUGGCUGUGAAGGCAAAGACGUUGUUUCGCAGCUCACAAACUGUCCCUGAAGACGGUGUCUGUCUGACGCGAAUCACAGCCGUGAUUGGCGCUGCUCUGCCAAGACUGUUCGAGGCGGUGAUGGAAGGGUCUCCGACCCCGUCCGCCAUCGUGGUGGCAUUCCCUACCGGCUCAGUCUCGGACGACAGUGGGCAUACGUCAGAGUAUCCUAUCUACGCCAUGGUGCACUCGAGCGACACGGGGGAAUGCCCUUCUGGUCAAUGUAUCGUCUAUUUGAGCACAAUUUCCACGGCGUCGUCCAAGGCUAUCUUGGAUGCGGCCCUGUCAUCUCUGCUGCAUGCUGCUUCAGAGGGCUCGGCAACCCUUGAAGUCGUUUAUAAGCUGCAGUACGAGCAACUAGGGGCGAGAACGCCCUCGCUAGAUACCACGGAAGAUGACGUCGUAACAUUUGGUGCGCCAGUCCUCGACUUGGCGUUUCGUGAUACCAUGCUGCAGCCUGUGGGCCAGGCUUGGGAGAAGCUUACAGGCAAGGCUGGCGAAAUCGAUGCCGAGUACCUCGUGUUUGAGGACCGCGAAGGCGUGAGUGACGACGAUGAUCCAUUUAACGGCUAA